GAAUAGUUGCAAUUAUCAAUAGCGCACCUUCCGUAUGCCAAUACGCACGUGGCAAGCCACCUACCUGCGACCUACCUUCGACGUUCACAGCUUGUUUUCUCCUGAACAUGCCCAUCUUGUGCAAGCUUGUGUGGUUCAGUGCAAUCUACUGGUAUGAGUGUGUACUCCCAGCGUUAGCUUUGGCUAACAGAUAUGGAUAGUGAGUGAAUAUCUAUCCAGUUUCGUGUCAUGGAUGGUGAGGCCUUGCAAGCUAGGCAAGAUAUAUGAUACUGAGGUAACAUAAUCCAAAGGGUAUUAUGGAUGCUUCGGUAAGCCAGCUUUCGGUCGUCUUGUGUGCCAACCGUAUUUGCCGAGCGUGCUUGCUUGCCGCAUGUAUGGGACUCCAGUGGAUGGGUUCGUGCCGCUUGCUAUUAAGGAACAUUCCAUACUGUCUACGUGUUACCGACAAAGCUCUUGCCUAAGGCUACCGUGACCGUGAGGUGGUUAAGCCGUACCACGUUAAAGGCGGGAACCCUGGAAUUGCAAAGCUUCCAAGCAAGCCUUUGUGUCUAGCUAGUAUCAACUUGCCUUCUUACGCAGAAAACUCUGUGGUAGUAGGUUACGUAGGUCAAAGCGGUAGAAGAGGAUGCCGCCUCGCGCUCAGCCUGUGGAAGAGCCUUUAUUUGGCGCUGCGGCAUUUCCGCCCCAGAUUGUGGACACAGACGAAGAGGACGGCGCUAGCCCAGGCCCCCGCGAAGCCCCCGCGCGUGGGCCAGCUGCGGCUGCCGAUGGCGCUCCUGUCGCCGCUCCUAGGCGAGCCACAAAGAAGCGGGUUGCCAAGCUCGACUUGGACCUCCUAAAGUCCAAGGGCGGUUUCAACGACAUCUGGCACAGCAUGGCCCCCGCCUUCAAGUCCACCUUCCAGGGCGAGGGACACGAGACGGCCGACCUGCGGCGCCUGCUCGAGCUCUACCAGCGCUGGCAGGCCAGGUUCUACCCGCACUGCGACUUUGACACCUUUGUGACCAAGCUGGAGAAGGCGGGCAGGAGCCGCAUGGUCAAGACCGAGAUGAACAAGAUGCGGCAGCGCAUGUUGGGUCUUAUCUUCCCGUCGGAGGCCGAGGCGGAAGCGGAGGAGGCGGAGGACGCGUGGG